AUUCCACGUUCCAAAGGCGACUGCUUCCCUCGUCCUGUCCAGCUCUGCCCCAGCUGGCCCCUUGCCUGCCCUUUGAUCCCCAGGGGUAGCCCCAGCCUCGGGUCACAGCGGAAUGGCUUCAGGGAAAAGGUGGCCAGGGGCAACUCCAGGCCGCUGGGCGGCGCGAGAGGACGGGAGCCGCGCGGAGGCUCCGAGCCACCGGAGGGCGCUGUGGGGGCGCGGCGGCGCCGCCGGAAGUGGUGCCGGGGCUGCGCGGAUGGCGGCGGCGGCGGCGGCGGCGAUGGCUGCUGCGGGCGGCGGCGGGGCCGGGGCUGCCCGCUCCCUCUCGCGCUUCCGAGGCUGCCUGGCGGGCGCACUGCUCGGGGACUGCGUGGGCGCCAUCUACGAGGCGCACGAGACCGUCAGCCUCACGUCCAUCCUGCGUCACGUCCAGAGCCUGGAGCCGGAGCCCGGCUCGCCCGGCAGCGCGCGCACAGAAGCACUGUACUACACCGAUGACACAGCCAUGGCCAGAGCCCUUGUGCAAUCCCUGCUGGCAAAGGAGGCCUUUGAUGAGGUGGACAUGGCUCACAGGUUUGCCCAGGAGUACAAGAAAGACCCUGACAGGGGUUAUGGGGCCGGAGUAAUCACUGUUUUCAAGAAGCUUCUGAGCCCCAAGUGCCAUGAUGUCUAUGAACCUGCGCGGGCCCAGUUCAACGGGAAGGGCUCCUAUGGCAAUGGGGGUGCCAUGCGGGUGGCAGGCAUCCCCCUGGCCUACAGCAGUGUCCAGGAUGUGCAGAAGUUUGCCCGGCUCUCAGCCCAGCUGACCCACGCCUCCUCCCUGGGUUACAACGGCGCCAUCCUGCAGGCCCUGGCUGUGCACCUGGCUCUGCAGGGCGAGUCCUCCAGCGAGCACUUCCUUGAACAGCUGCUGGGCCACAUGGAGGAGCUGGAGGGGGAUGCCCAGGCUGUCCUGGACGCCAGAGAGUUGGGUAUGGAAGAGCAUCCAUACUCCAGCCGCCUGAAGAAGGUUGGAGAGCUUCUGGACCAGGACUCGGUGACUCGAGAGGAAGUAGUGUCUGAGCUAGGGAAUGGCAUUGCUGCCUUUGAAUCCGUGCCCACCGCCAUCUACUGCUUCCUGCGCUGCAUGGAGCCUGACCCCGAGAUCCCCUCUGCCUUUAACAGCCUCCAAAGGACUCUCAUCUACUCCAUCUCGCUUGGUGGGGACACAGAUACCAUUGCCACCAUGGCUGGGGCCAUUGCUGGUGCUUACUAUGGGAUGGAUCAGGUGCCAGAGAGCUGGCAGCAAAGCUGUGAGGGCUAUGAGGAGACAGAUGUCCUGGCCCAGAACCUGCACCGAGUCUUCCAGAAGAGUGUGUGAGGACCACAGCUGCUGGAGCGCUGCCGUGUGCAGCAGGACUAACGGCAGCUCAGAGGCCUCUGGGGCUGGCCCUCCUGCCUCAGCCUUACUGCAGUGCAGUACAGGCUGUGCACCCUCCCUGCUGGAGCACUGGCCUACUGCAGAACUACGUGACACCCUUGGGGUGCUCAGUGAAACCUGGGGGUCCAGGACAGAUUUUUUUUUUUUU